AUGUCGGAGUCUAUCUGUGGUUUCGAGAGUGAGAAUGUCGACCCGACGAGCCAGAAAGCCGAUACUCCGAGUUCUGAACAAGGUGGUCACUUGCCAGCUGAGCAAGAGGAGUUGCCUCCAGAAGACACACUGAAAGAGGAAGAAGGCGAGGUGAUGAGAGCGGUCCAUAGAGCGGCAUUUCCGGAUGCGAUAGAGGUGCGUCAUGUAUUCGAAGAGGAGAAAGAAUCCGGCCGAAUGAGAAUGCGAUAUCAUCAAGCAUCUUUGCAUCAUACAUUUACCAACUUGCGGAUUGAAGAUCUUGAGCGCGGCCUGAAGGAGCUGAAAGCUGCUUUUGAGAAUCGCGAUGACACUUGGGAAGCCCCGAAGAAGACUAAGUUUCCCAUUCAUCGACAUGAACUGCGAAGGUCAUACGCAAAUCAAUUUCGCAUCACGCGGCUGACGGCCAUACUACAUUGCGCGCAGCAACCAGCUCUAGAAGUUCAAGUUACCGAAAGAACCCCAUCUACUCUUUUGACCUCGGAAAAUGAAUCGCAGAGUCUAUCUCACCAAACAAUUGAGAAUGAUGAAGGCGUAUCGUUGAAGAGCAGUUCCCUGAAGACCCCGGAGCGUCUGCGAAUCAGGUCGUGGUCUCUUCUGUCACAUCUCGAGAAAAUAACUGGACGAGCUAUAAUGGGUCUUGCACAAUCGACUAUGAUUGACGGCAUCAAGGUGCAUAGCGGCGUCGCAUUUCUCCGGCCAUUCAAAUUCUUCGCUGAGCACCACGAUGUGAUCAAGAAGAGCCAGGCUGAAAUGGAAGCUUGGAUACAUACUGGCACACCCAAGCACCGAAGGAGGUCUCACGAGCAAGCGAACGAGUCUAUCCGCGAAAGUUCGACUCAGCAUGACUUUGAUGACAAGAACCUCGUGGAAGAUUUGAAGCUGCUUGUCCGCUUUCUUGACAACGACCUGAAGUCCACAUUCGACCUGCGCCAAAAGGUCAAGGAUGGAACGGCGCUUGAAAUAGAGUAUGACGAUCUUUGGCAUCUCUUUGCGCGGGGAGACAUCGUCAUUACGACUUCUGACCCCAAUCAAGCUUAUCGAGUCAUCAAUAUGGCGGGUGGUCGUGAGCCACUGCAGUAUGAAGCUAGGUACCCGCGCAGUGACGUGGAAAAGCCUGUUCCUGUAGACGGCUUUGUUCUGGACUGCUUGAGCUUUGGAUCCGAUGGCACCGCAUACAUCCCAAAACUACAGAGACUCCCCAUCCAUCGAUUUCAUGGAAAACGAUUGAUUACUUCUUUACCCGUCUAUCCUUUACGGUUCGACCCGAAGCACAAUGUAUUGCGAGCCGAAUUCGAAGCUAUGGGCACGAGGUUUCUGGACCUGACUCGAGAAACAAGUUGCCACAAGCUGGCUCGUGGCAAGACACUCGAUGAGCCAUCUCAUGACUUAGACAACCAAGUCAUAGUCGAUAUGCGCCUCGCAAUGACGGCUAAAGCUGAGUGGAGGAUGAAGACCAGCAUAUCGUCGGAAGAGCUUACACGAAGGGACAAAAGGGAGACUAUUGAAGGAUCCUGGUGUUAUCAUCGUGAACCAGGUUGUUGUGGCGGCGAUGUCAUUUUUAAUGACCUCGUAUACGAUGAAGAGAACGCUGCCGCCUUCGGUCAGAAACUGACUAGGAUGUUAGGUCCACUGCAGGGAAAAGAUCUGACACAGGAAGAUUUGAUGUUAAUGCAGCCCUACGUCUACGCCUUCGUUCUCCGAUCUAGACAGUGGGCAACAAUCUGGACAACAGACCUGAAAGAAGUUGUGUUCGAGAAUAACUUCAACGACCUCGUCAUUUCUGAAAACCACAAGGAGACCGUCAGGGCACUGGUAAGAACGCACGAGAACAAGCGGGCCGCGGAAGCAUCUCCUGGCGUCGCACGUAGCGUUGGAACAGCGUUGGACCUUGUCAAGGGCAAAGGGGCUGGCCUUGUCAUUCUUUUCCACGGCCCGCCUGGCGUAGGGAAGACCUCCACGGCUGAGUGCGUUGCUGAUGACACCCAUCGACCUCUCUUCCCCAUUACGUGCGGCGAUAUUGGAGAGACGGCGGCCGAGGUCGAGACCAACUUGCAAUACAGCUUCAAGCUUGCACAUAAAUGGGGUUGCGUGCUAUUGCUGGACGAAGCUGACAUCUUCCUCGCGAAGAGAGUUCGAGACAACAUCCGUCACAAUGCUGUGAUGAGCGUAUUCCUUCGCACACUUGAGUACUACGCGGGAAUCUUGUUUCUUACCUCGAACCGUGUUGGAGCAAUUGACCCAGCUUUCAAGUCAAGGAUUCAGAUGUCUCUCUCAUACAACGAUCUGGAUCUCCUAGUGACUCUCAAGAUUUACGAAAAGUUCAUCAAAAGAGCCAAAGAAGAGCAGCACAGUACGGGCACCCAGAACUUCAAGAUCAAAGAGAAGGAGAUCAUGAGUUUUGCCGAAAAGCACUACAACCGACUUGAGCUCGAAGGACGAUAUACGUGGAAUGGAAGACAAAUCCGGAACGCUUUUCAAACAGCCAUCGCUCUGGUCGAGUACCAAUACAUAUCAAAAGAGGCAGACGAGCCCAAGCCCAGUCUUGGCAAGAAGCAGUUCAAAAAGGUUGCAAAGGGUUUCAAAGAAUUCGAUAACUAUCUCAUCAAUGUGAACGGAGCGACGGAGGCAGACGAUGCUAGACGCGAUGGCUGGCGACAUGAUAUUCGAAAGACCGUAUCCUCGCCGAUGCCGUACAAGUCCACCCAGGCUGGUCGCAUUCAGCAGGGCUCGAAACAUCCUGCGCGAAACCUCGAGUCUGAAGACAGCUCCGAGACAGGGAAUGAAUCUGACGAGGAUUCGGAGAACGAUACCAAAGAUGGAAGAGCAUCAGAGAAAAAUGCUACCCCCAGCACUGUUGCAGGUCAAUCUCUUGCUGCUGCUGGAGCGUCCGUUGACAUGGAACAGUACCAACAAUUUCUCAAGUUCCAAAAGAUGAUGUCCGGUGGUGGUAAAUGA